CAGGAAGCCCUCUCUAAGCUCUGAGCGCCUGCGGUCUCCUGUGUGCUGCUCUCUGUGGGGUCCUGCAGACCCAGAGGGGCUCAGGUGCACUCAUCAGGCUGGGAGAGCUGGGUGUGGGGAACAUGGCCAGGCCCCCGAGGCUCCUGCUGCUGCCCCUCCUCCUGGCACUGGCUCAUGGCCUGCCUGGGGCCCUGGUCGCCCAAGAGGUGCGGCAGUCUCCCCACUGCACGAUUGCCCCCGCGGGAGGCUCCGUCAACAUCACCUGCUCCACCAGUGGGGACCUGCAUGGGAUCUACCUAAAGCAACUCGGGCCACAGCCCCAAGACAUCAUUUACUACGAGGACAGGGUGGUGCCCACUACGGACAAACGGUUCCGGGGCCGCAUUGACUUCUCGGGGUCCCAGGACAACCUGACUAUUACCAUGCACCGCCUGCAGCCGUCGGACACUGGCACCUACACCUGCCAGGCCAUCACGGAGGUCAAUAUCUACGGCUCUGGUACCCUGGUCCUGGUAACAGAGGAACAGUCCCAAGGAUUGCACAGAUGCUCGGACGCCCUGUCGACAGGCUCUGCCCUCCCUGCCCCGCCGACAGCCUCUGCCCUCCCUGCCCUGCCGACAGCCUCUGCCCUCCCUGCCCUGCCGACAGCCUGUGCCCUCCCUGUGGCCCUUGUGGUGAUCUGCUUCCUCCUCGGGCUGGGCCUGGGGGUGGCAUGUGUGCUGGCGAGGACGCAGAUGAAGAAACUGUGCUCGUCGCGGGAUAAGAAUUCGGCGGCGUGUGUGGUGUACGAGGACAUGUCCCACAGCCGCUGCAACACGCUGUCCUCCCCCAACCAGUACCAGUGACCCAGUGGGCCCGGCCACGCCCCACCCAUGGUUCCCCAGCAUCUUCACUGCCCCACCAUGCCCCCCACCCUGCCGCGCCCCCCCCACCCCACCACACCCCCACCCAGCCACACCCCUUACCCCGCCACGUCCCCCACCCCGCUGUCCUCCCAUGGCUGCAGCAGAGUUUGAAGGGCCCAGCCCUGCCCAGCUCUGAGCAGACACACAGGCAGUGGCCGGGCCCCACAGUGCUUCUCAGUGGACAAUGACACCUCCUCCGGGAAGCCUUCCCUGCCCAGCCCCGCUGUCACGAGAAGGAAGCCUGACUGUCCUUUGGCUGCAUCUCCCAGCCAUGGCCAAGGAGGGCUUCUCUGUGGGAUGGGCCUGGGCACGCAGCCCUCUCCUGUCAGUGCCGGCCCACCCACCAACAGGCCCCCAAGCCCCGGCAGCCCGGCAGAGGACUGGAGAGCAGUCCGCCACCCAACCGUACCAGAAAUAAAGGCUUCUAUGCUUCCUUUUCUGA